UGAAUAUGCUAGUGUCAUGAAUAGUCCAGUUAAGGAAAAAGAAACAUUGAUAGAAUUCCUUUGGCUCACUAAUGGAUUCAGUCAUUUUAAUUGUUUCUGUCUACAAAACAUGUUCCCACUCCACCUCCUAGAUGAAGGCUUCUAAAUCAGACUACAUCAAGUUUUUCCUAUUAUACCUUUUCUUGACUGUUUACUAAACCUCAGCUUCCCUUUCAGUCUUCUCCCAGAUUAUCAGAUCUGAGAAUUGUCAAAGACAUAUCUUUAGUGUAGCCAGCACUAUCAAUUUUAUUAUCUCAGUAUUACUAGAAUAGUUCCCUUUCAUCCACACAGGAAAGUGGAACAUUUGUAUUUUCAAUAUCUUUCAGAUUGGAAGACAUGGACUGAGAUGAAGCAUUCAAAUUCAAAUCAAUAUAUUUUCAAAGAAUCAUCAUUUCAAGGCAUAGUAAUGGAAAGAAUAAAAAUGGAUGGAUCUUGGAAUUCUGAGUUCAAAGAAACUUUGGAAUUUGAGGGUAAUACAGAGAGACUACAGGGAAAACCCAACAAACUAUUGCAUCAGGUGAUGAUGCAUAGAAAAACUCUAACUUGGGAGAAAGGCCCUGAAUACAAUGAAUUUGGAGAAAGCUUUAAUCUGAGCUCAAACCUAGUAACACAGAAAAUAAUUUUUACCGGAGAAAAAGCUGAUAAAUACGAUACACAUGAAAAAAACUUCAAACAUAAUUUGGAUACAGCUAAACAACAAGGAAUAAAUCCAGAUAAGAAACCUUGUAAAUGUAAAGAAUGUGGGAAAGCCUUCAAUUAUUAUUCAGACCUUAUUCAACACCAGCGAACUCACACUGGAAAGAAACCAUACACAUGUGGUAAAUGUGGAAAGGCAUUCAGUGACCCCUCACACUUUAUUCAACAUCAGAGAAUACAUACUGGAGAAAAAUCUUAUGAAUGUAAUGAGUGUGGAAAGGCUUUCAGUGACCGAUCAACUUUUAUUCAACACCAGAGAACUCACAGUGGAGAAAAGUCUUAUGAAUGUGAUCAAUGUGGGAAAGCAUUUAGCCAAAAAAAGCACCUUAUUCAGCAUCAGAAGAUUCAUACUGGAGAAAAACCCUAUGAAUGUAGUGAAUGUGAGAAAUCAUUCAACCAGAGGACCCAACUUACUCAACAUCAGAAAACUCAUUCUGGAGAGAAACCCUACAAAUGUAAUGAAUGUGGGAAAUUCUUCAGUCGAAGUACACACCUUACUGAACAUCAGAAAACACACACUGGAGAGAAACCUUAUAAGUGCAAUGAAUGUGGAAAAGCUUUUACUUAUCGCUCAACCUUUAUUCGGCAUCAUAUCAUUCAUACUGGUGAGAAGCCCUAUGUAUGUUAUGAAUGUGGGAAAACUUUUAGUCAAAACUCAAUCCUUACUGAACAUCAUAAAACUCAUACUGGAGAGAAACCCUAUAAAUGUAAUGAUUGUGGGAAAGCUUUCAGUUCCUGCUCAUAUCUUAACCAACAUCAGAAAACUCAUACUGGAGAGAAGCCUUAUAAAUGUAAUGAAUGUGGAAAAGCCUUUAGUUACUGCUCAUCCCUUACUCAACAUCAGAGGGUUCAUACUGGAGAGAAACCCUAUGAAUGUAAUGAAUGUCGGAAAGCCUUCAGUUGUUGGUCCAACUUUAACCAACAUCAGAAAACUCAUACUGGAGAAAAACCCUACAAAUGUCAUGAAUGUGGAACAGCUUUCAGUCAGAGCACACGUCUUACUCAGCAUCAGAGAAUUCAUACUGGAGAAAAACCCUAUGAAUGCAAUGAGUGUGGAAAAUCUUUUAGUCUAAGUACUCGCCUUGUUGAACAUCAGAAAAUUCAUACUGGAGAGAAGCCUUAUAAAUGUAGUAAUUGUGAGAAAGCUUUCAGUCGGCGUACCCAUCUUACUGAACAUCAGAAAACUCACACUGGAGAGAAACCCUAUAGAUGUAAUGAAUGUGGGAAAGCUUUCACCUGUAGUUCAUCCCUAAUCAGACAUCAAAGAUUACAUGUUUGAAAGUGACUGUGUAAAUAUAAUGAAUAUGGAUGAAAAAUAAAGUCAGACAUCACUUUCUUAAAUAUUUUGGUCAAGCAACUUAAUAGAAAAUUAAGCUGAUUAAGAGAAGACUCUUCUUGCAUCUAAGUUUCCUUAUAUAGCUCCUACUGCUAUACUCUAUGUAAAUAAACCCUUAAGAAUAUUUGUUGAUUGAAUGCUUGAUUAAAAUAACUUUAUGUAGUAACUCAUGUUAGAAGAGUCACUUAAGAGCUUUAGAAAAAUCAGUCUUCAGCCAAAAAAGGAUCAAGGUAAGGACUAAAGAUGAGCUAACCAAAAAGAAAUCAUGGCUUAAGGCACCAUUGUCUCCUUCUAAUAAUUUUUCCUUCAAAGUUGUGCCACUUGGUCAACUGACCCCAAAAAAAGUGGCAGCCACUAUCUUCAAUUCUUUAGAACCUGGGGAAAAGAGGAUCAGAGAGACCUGAAAUGACUUGGUCCCAGGAUUAAGCUAGAAGUGAAUCAAGAUAUCCUCUGUAAUUCACAUGGCACAAAAUGAUAAAAUUCCUAAAACCGUAGAUCUAGUCAAGGAAGCUACAACUUAAAAGGAAUGAAGAAAUACCUGUCCUGCUGCUUCUUUGGUUCUCUCUGUAGGAAUGAACUGAGACUUUAGUCUUGAAAAUAAUUAUAGUCAACAUAGCAAACUGUUGUAAGCUACAAUCUUAAAUUCUUUAUCACCACACCUCCCAAUUUGUACAGUUUUCUCAACCAUCAGAAACUUAGGACUCUAGGUUAUAUUAUUUCCAAAUCCUGACUUCUAAUUAGUUGUCAUUGAUCCUCAGAGACU